CCGCGGUGUCACGUCUGGUUGGUAUGAUACUAACAACACUCUCCAAUUGAUGAUUUUUCGCUGGGUUUUUAUACCCUGGUUACAGCGGGAGCUAGACGCUUACCAGGACCGAGUGAAUAACACUAGAAAACGGCGGGACCGGAACAAGAUCCUUCCCCAUGGCGCACCAGACAUUAUCUACCAAUCGCCCGAGAACUUUGGCGUCUUGGACUUCAAAAUCAAAGUUGAACGUGAAGCGCUAGACCACGUCCGUGAUAUCUAUAUCGAUUCUUCCCAUAUUGUCUUCGACCUCGUUCCAAAACCAUUCGCCGAGUUCAUGGAACAUUGUUACACAGAGCUUGGACGCCCAUUAGUCAAAAGGGAGACCGUUUGGGAUGUAUACCUGCACUUACUUGACGUGGUGCAGGUCAAUGACGAGAUGAUACCACCUCACAUUGAAUUGUUAGAUGAGGCGGAGGAGGAUUCAACGGCUUUGCCGCUUUUAGAGAGCCAUCGAGACUUGCCCGAUCGUGAAGAUGGAAGUGGUGCCUACUACAUGGGUGGGGUGGGUGGCGGUCUUGGUCUUGGUACGCCGGUUUUAUAUUUUGAUGCAAACAACACAGCGAGACUAAUAUCUACACAGUUGAUGAGAAUUUGCAUCAGUUGGAGAGUCUCGCCCGUGAUGACAAGCCUGAAAUCACGCUAGGCAUUGACGAAGAUGCUGUAGGAUUGGAUCAUGCAGGUUUGGUUGUUUGGGAUUUCUCAGAUGGCGAUGACUCGGACGUGCCAGAUGAGUGGUGACUUGCAUUGGUUUAUUUUUUGUAAGGCUUCGUUGUAGCAGUAUACCAUGGACUACAAACACC